UUGACAUUGGGUCUUUGCCAGUUUGCCCACUCAAAAAAAAUGUUUUCACUAGCAAGGCGACUCCAACCCCAAAACCCAUGCCCAUGUCUCCUGCAACUUCAACACCGAUUCGCCGGCACCGACGCUGGCCAAUAUCGGGGCCGCCGUCGCCCAAGAUUUACGGCGCCUCCGUCGAAAAAAAUCGAGGAAAAGUCGGAGUGGUGGGUUAUCGACGGAGAAAUGCACGAGAUCGGAGAAAACGUCCCUUUGAGAGAACGCUUCGUGAUUCCCAGAAAUAACCUCCCCAAUCGCCGUCGCAAACAGCUUCGCGAACAGUUCAUGCGCCGUACUCGUCUUGUUGUUAAAGACUCUGAGCAAGAAUCAUUCUGCAAGAAAUAUAUGCAACUAUACAAUGAGCUCAGGGAGAACUGGGAACGGCUAUAUUGGGAUGAAGGAUACUCUAAAAAGCUUGCUGCUGAUCAUGCAAACUAUGACUCUCCGGAAGAUGAUGAUGAAGACUUUUCACCGUACAGGAGAGGCGGAUCGCAUCCAGGGCAACUGCAGGAACAAGGUUCGGCAGGGAACAGACAAAUUGAAACUUGGCAAAAAGUCAACCAAAUUCGGGAUAAAUUUGAAUAUGACAGAGAGACGAGGAUGAGAGACAAAGCUUUUGCACCGAUGAACACAAGAAACUCUGCUGAUAGCGAAAGACCAGCCUUCAGGAAUCAACCCUUUGAUGCAGAUAGAUAUUUUUCAGGGGAGGAGGAUGAUUAAAAAGAUGUUAUGAAAUGGAUUAUGUUCAGUUUAUUGACCAUAAUUAUUAACUUGAGGAAGUUCGGGCAAAAUGUCUUUACACAGCCAACUUGGGAGGACCACGAGGGGGGGUUGUUUACGAAUUUUAACAAAGGCCCUGAGAUAAAAAUUCGGAGUUGAUGAUCUUGAUUCGGCCAAACCUCUGAGAGUCCGUGCUUGUUUAUGGAAGUCCAGUUUCUUAGGCACUGUCAGUGGUGUUUCGUUUGAUUUGCUGGAAAUGAACAUUGGUUCAUUGUAUAUGUGCGAUCUACAUUAGACAACUGACUUUUUGCUUUUGAUGUAUUAUCUACUAAGAAGUACCAGUAUAUAAUUUCGUGAAGGGAUUUGCUUUUAUGGUUUCUGA